AUGUCCAAGUCUGAUAUAGCAGAGAGCAUGGCAAAGCGCAUUAAGGGCUGGGUACUCCUCAACAACCCCUCGUGGACCGACAAUGAGCUUCAUGAGAAGCGCCUGGUGCGAAAGCUCGACAUCUUCUUCGCUUCAUACCUCGCCGUGUCAUCCGUAGUCAAGUACCUUGACCAAACCAACAUUGGUAACGCUUACGCAGUGUCUGGCAUGCAAGGGGACCUUGAACUAUUCGGCAACCAGUACAACUUUUUCACGACAUACUUUAACAUUGGGUACAUUAUCAUGAUCCCCAUCUCGAACUUUGUUAUAAACAGCGUUGUGCGGCCGAGUAUCUGGCUUCCGACCCUCGAAAUUGUCUGGGGAAUUCUCACGGGUUGCCUUGCUGCUGUGCAUCACUACAAGGCUGUGUGUAGGUAUCCGGUGCCAUUCGUCGCUGAAUCACUUCCAGAUGGGCUAAGAUUUCUCAUCGGGUUCUUCGAAGGAUGUGCAUCCUCCACUAACGCAGUAGCGAUGGUGCUCCUCCUCAGCUGGUAUCUUCCUACCGAAGUAGGCAAGCGAAUCGCAGUAUACAACUGCGCCGCCUCCAUCGGAGGCAUCUUCUCUGGCGCGCUCCAGUCCGCGCUCUAUCGCAAUUUGAAUGGUGUGGGCGGCCUGGAAGGCUGGCGCUGGCUCUUCGUCAUGAAUGCCAUCAUCACUGUCACCGUCGGUCUGUGGGGGUUCCUCGCGAUCCCGGAUUACCCGGACCGCAUCUCGCCCCUUGUCCGCCGGCUGUGGCUCAACGAACAGGACGAGGCUACUGCGCUGCGUCGUGUGGGUCGAGAGGGUCCCAGGACGCCGGUUGGUUGGAAGUGGAACACGCUCACUAGCCUCGUCAAGCGCAAGGAGCUAUGGGCUAUCUAUCUGGCAUACACUGUUCUCGGGCAGGGGCAGAGCGGGUAUGUCUACUUCAACUUAUGGCUCAAGAGCCUCCUGAAUCCCGACGGCACAAAGCGGUACUCUGUUUACCAGCUCAACUACAUCCCUAUGGCGGGCAACGGAACCAUGGUUGUGUCUUUGGCUAUCAGUAUGAUCUUAUCAGACCACUUUGGAACUCAGUGGCCAAUCAGUAAGUGA